CCCAUCCUCUCCAGCUGAAGACAGAGAUUGGAGAUUCCCAGAUACCCCCAUGCAUUGUGGUGUGAACAUGCCCAGUGGGUCAGUCUCAGACAUGGACCGUGAUUAUGGGCAUGGAGGCUAUGGUGGCCCACGAUCCAUGGACUCUUACCUUAACCAAUCCUAUGGGAUGGAGAGUCAUGGAGGUGGAGGCGGAGGAGGUGGUGGUGGUGGUAACAGGUUUGGACCUUAUGAGUCUUACGACUCCGGGUCUUCUCUGGGUGGGCGAGAUCUGUACAGAUCUGGCUAUGGUUAUAAUGAACCCGAACAAAGCCGCUUCGGAGGUAGUUAUGGUGGUCGAUUUGACAACUCCUACCGGAAUAGCCUUGACUCUUUCGGAGGUAGAAACCAGGGCGGGUCUAGCUGGGAAGCACCUUACUCCCGUUCAAAAUUGAGGCCUGGGUUUAUGGAGGACAGAGGAAGAGAGAGUUACUCUUCCUACAGCAGUUUUUCUUCACCCCAUAUGAAGCCUGCACCUGUAGGCUCUCGGGGGAGAGGAACGCCUGCUUAUCCUGAAAGUGGAUUUGGAAGCAGAAACUAUGAUGCUUUUGGAGGACCAUCAACAGGCAGAGGCCGAGGCCGAGGACAUAUGGGAGACUUUGGAGGAAUGCACAGACCUGGAAUUGUUGUUGACUAUCAUAACAAACCCAGUCCUGCAGCAGUUGCUGCAAGAGGAAUAAAAAGAAAAAUGAUACCACAGCCAUAUAACAAACCUGGUGGGACAUUUAUCAAGAAACCCAAAAUGACAAAACCUAUUUUGAAGCUGAGCCAGAAAAAAUCACCUAACAUGAAGACAUCUUUCCAGGAUUCUACCAUAGAGGAAAUUGAAGUGGACACAAGUGGUGCAGUUGUUAUAUAUGAAGACUUUACAAGAGAUGCUUACGACCUUGGCUAUCAGACUUUUGGAGGCAAAGGAGAAGUUAAAAGCGAGGAAGAAGAAAAGCGGCGAAUUGAGGCCAGAAGAGAGAAGCAAAGGCGUAGAAGGGAAAAAAACAGUGAAAAAUAUGGUGAUGGAUACAGAAUGGCAUUUACGUGCUCAUUUUGCAAAUUUCGAACAUUUGAAGAAAAAGAAAUUGAGUCACAUCUGGAGAGUGCAGCUCACCAGGAAACAUUGGAUCAUAUCCAGAAGCAAACCAAAUUUGACAAAGUAGUGAUGGAAUUUCUUCAUGAGUGCAUGGUGAAUAAAUUCAAGAAGACAGCUAUGCGUAAGCAGCAGACAAGUAACCAGACGGAAAAUGCUCAAGCUGCUGAGAAAGAUAUAAUGGAAGGGGUUACUGCUGAUGACCAUAUGAUGAAAGUUGAGACUGUUCACUGCAGUGCUUGCAGUGUGUAUGUUCCUGCAUUACACAGUUCUGUUCAGCAGCACUUAAAAUCUCCUGAUCACACAAAAGGAAAACAGGCCUACAGAGAACAAAUAAAAAGGGAGAGUGUUCUUACUGCCACCAGUAUCUUGAAUAAUCCUAUAGUCAAGGCACGAUACGAGCUGUAUGUGAAGGGUGAAAAUCCUUUUGAAGUUAAUGAUCAGGCUCAGGAGCAGCAGACGGAAGAAGAGGACAAAGCUGAUGAGCCAGCUGAGGGUGAGGAGGAAGAAGAGGAAGAAGAGGAAGAAGAAACUGAAGAACAAACUGACUUCACUUUAGACCACACUGAAGAUAACUAAGUGCAAGAAAAUUAAAAUAUAUUGGGGGGGGCAAAACAGCUUUUUAUUUCUGCUCUAAAGUGUCUAAGACUUUUUAAUAGUCUCAAAUGAAGUUGUUGGAGAUUCCCCACCAUAUGCAUGCAUUCCAUUCCCUGGAGAACUUGUUUAUAUAAUUCCUCUGUGUUUCCGAUUUUGUUUAAAAUGAAAUUGACUAUUUUAGUUGAGCUUUUUAUAGCAAACUGACUGUUAAAGCUGAUUAAAACAUUGUGUUGUAUAUUUUUUUAAGCAUCCUAUUUUUUUGAUGUGUGUAUUGAAAGUUGGAUAUAAUAAUUUUGGUCUAAUCAGUUGAAAAGAAAGGCGGGUCUGUGGGGUAAAUAUAUUAAAUGCUGUAUGGCAUAAGCUUAUCAUAUUUACCUCCUAGUACAGAAUGAGUAACUUCAAAAAUUGUGCUGUUGAGUGUGGCUGUUUUGGGGACUGCAUUGCACUCUGUAUAAUAGAGUAUGUGUUAUAAUAUGCCUUGUAGCUUUUUGUGAUAAGAUGUACCAGUUUGUAGCAAUAAAACACUUAAGAAAUGUUA